AUGACUACUACUACUAUUCACAGUCGCAGCAAUAGCAAGCACCAGUUCUACUCCAGAGGCACUGUGCCCUUCUCUUGGGAAAACAAGCCCGGAGUCUCCAAGCUGUCACACAUCAAAACCGAAGCGAAAACGGAGUACUACUUCAUCAAAGACGACGAUUACAAACUACCACCACCGCCUAGGGUUUCUUUCCACGGGGACUACCAGCUCCCUCUUCCUCCUCCCUGCACUUUCCAGGCGCCCAUUUCUAGAAACUCCUCCAUUAAGGGCUUGAUCAGCAACAAAGCCGAAACCGAAGACCCUUUUCAAAUGGCCAUCCUCGAGUGCACCAAGUCGAUCCACAAUGGUGGUGGCAAUGAUAGUGGGGAUGUUGCUACCAAAGGUAGGAGGAAAACGUCGUUGUCUUUGUCCCCGAAACAGUACGGUGGGUUUGGAUCUGGACUGAGAAGUUUGUUCGGGUCCUUAUCGUGUAAAUGCUCCAGCAGUGUAAGGGAUGAAAGUUUGGUUAAGGUCUCUCGGGUUCCAUACCAGAGAGAUACAGUACUUAUUAAUUAUUAA